AUGAUUUCAACAAAACGUAAAUUCAAACUAAAUAUUCACAUAUGUCUGAGUGUGUCCAGAUUAUAUACAAAAAUAACAAACAAAUAUAGUGGUGUGGUUAAUUGCGCCAAUACUUUUUUAAGGGCUAAAAUACAUAAAAACAUUAAGGAAAAGCAUAAAAAUCUUCGUGUAAAGCCCUCGAAAAAAAUUCUUGGAAUAUUGUGUAUGAGUUACAGUGUAAUUGUAUCAUAUCGAUCUAAACUACCAUACCACUUGUCUUGUGCGAUUUUUAUUAAGCAUUAUAAGGUGAGGUUUAAUUGCGCCAAUGCUCAGAACAACACCGAAUGCAACAGAAUGAUGUAUUUUUCAUUGUAUUUAACUAUUAAAUCGAAUAAUACCAUGUUUUCCCUCGCAAAAAUGCCAUAUAUAGUUUUUCAUUAA